GGCGUGUACUGGAGCUCGAUCCGCUUCUCCCAAGUCUGAAGGAAAUCCGAGAAGAACCCGCAGCUCCAGGAGCAGUCUGCGCAGGUGGAUCCUGUGUUGAGCUUUGUUUUAUCUGACACAUGCAGUAGACGGUCCAGACACAUUCAGGCACCGCAACAAUGCCAGAGUCCUCAUUGGUCAAGGACAUUUGCAGCAUCUCUGCUGAAUGUGGAACAUCCCCCUUGAGGCACUUUAGCCAAUCAUCGCCACCUCUGCACAGAAACUACGUCCUCAGUAGCUUCUGCACAGAGCACAAUGUGCAAGCAUGUCUAUCGCACAUCAAUCAGGAGAUGUCAUCCCUUGGCCUCCCUCCACUUUGGAAGGAGUCUGCCGGCAGCUCAGAGCUAAAUGUUGUCGCUGUCCUAAAUUGCAUGUAUGACCUGAUUCAGCUGCAACGCAGGGGCAUGCGAGCCCUGGAAAAUUUGGAAGUGGAGCAUCUUAGGUCUAGCAGCAAUGUGGACUUCCUGCAGCUCACCAACACCCAGCUAAAGGAGCAGCUUGAACUUUCCAAAAGAGAAAAUACUGGACUGCUUGAGAAAGAACGUCAGCUGCAGCUGAAAGUGAAGAGUUUGCAGAACUGCCUGAAAAAUGAAAAGGAAGAGGUGCAAAAACUCCAGAACAUCAUUGCGAGUCGGGCGACUCAGUACAAUCACGAGAUGAAAAGGAAGGAAAGAGAGUUUAACAAACUGAAAGAGCGUCUGAACCAACUUCUGGUUGACAAAAAGGACAAGAAGCAAGCCAUAGACAUGUUAAACAACAUUGGAAGAGCUGAUGGAAAGAGAAGCCUUUGGAAAACUGAAAAGACAGAAGCAAAGCAUGAAGGGGAGAUGUACAAAACUCUGCUGAGCGACUAUGACACUCGACAGAGGGAGCUGGUGCUGGAGAAUGCGGAGUUGAGGAAAGUGUUGCAGCAGAUGAAAAAAGACAUGGUGUUCAUUUUGAGUUCAAGGGAAAGAAAUCAGAAAGAGGAUCAACAUGAAGCUGGUUGCAUACAGACUGACUCAGAGGAUGAAGAAGAAGUGUUUGAUUCCAGUAAGGAAAGCGUAGAUCUGGACUGCGCUCAUGCUCGGGAGAAGCUGACCAACAGUAUUCGCCUCCAGUGGAGACGACUCAAGAGCCAUGUGGAAAGACUGGACAGCCAAGCUUCUUUGGCCCAGAUGAGUGAGAGUAAAGACUCUGCUGCUGUUCCACAAGAGACUCACGAGGAGGAGAUGGACAGACUGAAGCUGGAGAUCCAGCAGUGCAAAGACUUUAUUCAAACACAGCAGCAGCUGCUGCAGCAGCAGCUCAGCUCUCCGUGUGAAGGGGAGACAACUUCCUUGCUGAGUGACUGCUACGUGUCUCAGGGGAAAGAGCGUCUCAGAGAGGAAUGGACGACCUUAGAGGAACAGAGACAGAUCUUUGAGAGGGAGAGGAGAAACUUUACAGAAGCAGCAAUAAGACUGAGCCUCGAGAGGAAGUCCUUUGAGGAGGACCGCGCCACAUGGCUCAAACACCAGUUUUUAAACUUGAGUCCAUUUGCAGACACAAAGAAACCCCCGAUGUCAAAGUCUAAAAGUGCCUUUUUAAUAUCAGCUGAAUCUGAGGUGAGUCCAGCGUUGUCUCCGGAAAAACUCAUCAGAUGCCCGUUGGACACAACCUCCCCCACACUUAGAUGUUUGUCAUUCACAUCACCAUCCUCAGACGACCUGUGUCACACACUUCGCCUCGUCUCAGAAAACAGCUCAACCAGACCAAAGACAAAGACUGAGCGAUUGGAAGAAUCAAACAUCUUUCGCAAUGGAAAUGAUCCAGUUCAGCACGAGUGGUGGAACCACAGCAGAGACCACAGCAGCCACACAUUCACACAAGAAAUGAACGGCUCUGUGACCAGCCAAAAACUCUUAUCAUCUGAAUCAGGGUUUAUGUGAAUGUCUAUAAAUCCUGGAUGAUGAGCGGUAUUGCAGAACUGUACGAGAGCGGUGAACCCCAGUCAACUCCAAGAUAGAUUGUAAACUGAAUCAUUUGCUGUGAACAAAGUCAAGGGAGUCACGUUCCAAGUCUGGAGUUCUGUGUGACAAAGACAAAAUUGUAGUCUUAAUGUUUUUUGUUUACGAGCUCACAGUUUUAUCGUUAGAAUUUAUGAUAAAUGUAUUGAUUUAUUUACGUUGUACUGCAAAACCUGCUUUGGGAGUCGUACAGCAUCUUAGACUGAGGGUAACAUGUUUUGAAAAUGCUGGGUUUGCAACAAAAGAUGUUGCUAUUUGUAUGUAUUAGUUUAUGUUGCACCUUUAAAUUGGCAUUUAUAUCACUAACUUAUUAUUAAGGUUAUGUAAAUCAGCAUCAGGUAGAGGUGCCGACAUCCUGCCCCGGUCCAUGUGGGUACUAACGCUCUUUACCUCAGCCAGUAAGGAUUGUUUUUCACACAGCAGUGAAGUGUUAUCUCAGUGCCCGUAGUGGAAGAGAAGUAUCUAUUUCUCCAGAUGAAAAGGAACCUUAAUGAGCAAAGGAGGGAUUACAAUCCAACAAUUUACAAUUAGGUGAAAUGGAGCAGUCCUAUGGCUUCUGCUCGUUGAAGAGAACUGUUUGUGUAAUUGCUCCCAUUGCCGGAGGGGGAAGACAAAAGUUCUGCAGGUUUAAACGUGUCGAUUGUGACAGAGUAAGAAUGUAACGUCAAUGCUGCUUGUUUUAAAUAGAAAUGUUGCUGAUUAACAACAUUGCUUCCUUGUAGAUAAUUUAGCUACAUUAGUAACCGCUGAUGUAUCAUGUGGGAGUUAAAAGGCUUUAAAAUUGAACACAGAUUAUAUAAUGUGUUGUAGAUAUUGAAGGAAGGUAACUCAAAUGUGAAUAUUAAUGUGAGUUCCUUCACCACUUUUUAAUGAAUGUUUUCAUCUUUGUGUCAAAUACUGGCCGAUCAAAAUAAUUCUUCCAGCAGGAAUGUGUCACGAUGUAUUUUAGACAAACUUAUUCUUCUUGUAAAUCUUAUUACACAUUA